AUCAUUGGUUUGAACAGGCAGGGGUCAACAAUUAUAUAUAGUUACCCCAUGCUGUUCCACCCAACGAUAAGUUCCAGUAUGCUAACGUUCAUCGCUCGAGCUUACCCGGGCAGCUGGUCUUUUGAUUCUCGCUUCUACUCAUCAUGUCGGACACAAACGAUGUCAGCCGUAUGAAGGACGAGUUGGCGAAAGGCAACUGAGAUGUGUCUGAUCUCUGGAACGAGGCCUUACGAAAGUACAAGGGCAUUGUGGGAGUCGAGCUGCAGCCCAAAGAAUAACUGCUCAGCGUGGACGCCAUGGUCAAGUAUGGCACGGAGCAGAUGAACAACUUCCACAAGUUCCGGCACGACCAGAAAAAGGUCGACAAACUCCGCGGCCUCCUCCGAGACAACCUCGACUACAUAGAGAAGGGCUCCCAGCAGCUGGUCAGCGCUGCUGCGCCCGUUUUCCCACCCGCCGCCGCCAUCGGGAUGGCCUUUACGUACAUGUUAAGCGCUUGUAGGCAUGUUUCGGCAGACUAUGAUGUAGUCACGGCCUUUUUCGAGGACAUGAAUUCGUUCCUCCAAAGGAUCACCAUCCUCGAGUCGAGACUGCCAAGCUACCCUGCGUACCGCAAUUGUCUCAUGGACGUGUUGACUUCCUUAUUGGAAAUGUGUGGAUUCGCGACGAAGUAUAUAGAGCUCGGCCGGUUCAAAAAAUGGAUCUUGAACAUGGUCCGCGGCGAAGACGGCGAUCUUGGAGGCGCCCGAAAGAAGAUGGACACCUCUCUGACCCGCCUCCAAGCUGCGACCGAGUACGCGAUUCUCGGAAACACGGAGGAGCUCCAACGAAUGAACGCGGACCUACAGAAGAACCAGGAGGUGCAGAUACAGAGGAUGGAGCAGCAGACCCAAAUGCUCGAGACAGUCCUUGAGCGCCAGGACGGCGUUCGCACCGACCUGAUGAGUAUCCACAAGCUCCUAGUUGUCUUCAAUGAACGUCGGCAAGAAGACAUUUUCGUGGAUACCAUGAACCCAGCGCAUGAGUACCAGGAUAUCAAAGACUCGCUCAUCCCGGAGACCUGCAGCUGGAUUUUCGACGAGCCAACCUGGGGCGAAUGGGUAGCACAGGAGAAGGAAAAGAACACCCCUAGGAUUCUUGUCCUCUCCGGGCCACCGGGCACGGGGAAAAGUCACCUCGCCGCGUGUGCGCACGACCAGCUCGUCAAACUGGCCGAGAGAGAUGCCGGGAGCAAUACAUGCGUGGCACAUUUCUACUUUCGAGAGGCGACCGACGGGCUGAAUGCGUUCCACAACGCCAUCAACUGGAUCACCGUCCAGAUUGCGGAGCAGAAUGCCGCGCUGUGUGAGAGGAUUAACGUGGAGAUGGCUCGCGACGAUAUCGAAUUCUAUACCUCUGAGUGGGAAGACAUCUGGGGCAAGUUCGUCAAGCCCUUGUUCUACGGGUCGUCAACGGCUCGAUUGCAGAUCGUCCUCGACGGCAUGGAUGAGCUUGUCCUCGACUCGGAAUCAAAGAAGGCACUGGAGUUCCUCCAACUCGUCAAGGAAACCGCCGAUCUCAAUGUCAGCAUUCUCUGCACCACCAGGUCUAGCAUGGUACCGAAACUGGCGGGGCUCGCAGCCGGAUGGAUUGCUGUUACCAAGGAGAAGCAACUAGCCGACAUGAAGGCGCUCAUAUGGAAUCACCUGAACAACGACAGCAGACUGCGCAACAAUCUGGAAGAGAAGGCCGAUUGCAUUCUGUAUGCCGAGCACAUGCUCCGCCAGUUCAACAAUAUUGGGCGAGAACCCAUCAUAUUGAAGCAGUUGGAGCAGUCAAUGCCGGAAAACCUAAAGGAGCUGUAUGGCACUAUUCUCGUUGACCUCCAGCGUCGCACCGCGGACGACAAGCAGCAGGCAAUUAAAGGCCUGCUGUGGUGGCUUGCCUUCGCCUCCCGGCCUCUGACCUUGGCCGAGAGCUUCUCCCUUAUGAAUCUCUUCCCCGGGAGCUCACUGGACCUGGAAGAGGAGCUCCAGGGCCAACAGCUCGCAAGGUUGCUGAAGAUCGGCGAUGUCGAAGAGCGCGCCCAAAACGACGGCGACAACUCCAACCUUGCCAAUGUAGAUCUCCUGGGCCAGAGUGAUCCUGACGCCGUCUAUGAUGAUGGAGAUCGGCCACUGAAGUUCCAGGAACGCUCCAUGCGGGACUACUUCCGCAGUGCUUCGCAGGACGAGCAGGGGCUGAGGACCCCGGGGAGAGUAGCCCACGGCAAGAUCCUCACGCUCUGCUCCAAGAUUCUAUUCGUAGAGGUGGACAAUAUCUACGGCAGCCUGCGGAAGUACGCGGCGCAGCACUGGAUCUGGCACUUCGCCUGCUGGUGCUACCUGAGCCUGAAUUCGAAUCCCGGGCCGGCGGAAGACGAAAAGGUCGCUUGCCUCGAAGCACUUGGGGCGAUCAUGACGAAUCACGGCAACUUUGCGACGACAAUCGAGUCGCUCGAUAUGGACUACGAGGAUGUGCUGAGGGACCUCCCAAACGACUACCUGGUGGCUAAGGUUGCCGAGGGGGCGACCAUGGCCACAUCUCUCGGCGACAAGAUGAUUGAGACCACAUUGACUUGGGCGCGGGAUGUAGUAGCCGAUAAGGGGGCUGCUUUCGUGACUCUGGUCAAGGGGCACAUUUCCAACUGGUUCCGCGCCCAGGACCUGAAGUCGGCAGCACAGUCGUAUAAGGUUAUUAGGAGCAUCAUUCCACUGACGUCCUUCAGCCACCUCAUAAAACCUAAGGACGACGACAGCGACAGUGACGAUAGCAGCUCGGACAGCGACGACGAAGGACCGCAGUACGAGGAAGAAGAAAUCCUUGGCAUUGUCGGCGCCUUCGAAGUCGUGGAAAAGGACGCGAACGCGCACUGGGCAAUAGCCGCAGUCCUCGCGGACUGUCAGCACUACCAGGCAGCUCAUACGGAGCUCCAGGUAGCGCUCUCGGCGUGCGUUGACCCGGUCGAGCGGUUCCGCAUCCUGAACCUGCUCGCCAGCGCGAAGCUGAAUACGGAGGACAAGGAGGGGGCGGCCGAGACCAUCGCCAACUGCCUAUCGAACCGCGAGGUUUCUCUCAGCCUCCUCCGCAAGGCGCUGGUCACGCGCGGUAGGAUCCAGGUGGCGCUGGAGAAACUCGACGAGGCGGUGGGGUCGUACGACGAGGCCAGGCGGGCGGACCCGAACGAGCCGAUGCGCGGAGACCUACUACAGGAGGAGUUUGACGUGUACCGGAACAAGGAGGUAGAGGCCGGUGCGGAGCUGAUCAGGGGGGUCAGGGGGUGGCAGCCUCUGGAGCGGCUGGCGUGGAUGACAUGGAAUUACGACGAUUUCGACGACUACCAUGACUCGUUCAGGCAGGCGGCGGGGUGGGCGGGCGAGCGGGACUUCAUGAUCAGGGCGUACGAAGAGGUGAUUGGACUCCUCGAGAGCGUCGACGCCGCGCCUCCCAUGAGGUUCGAGCUCGCCCAGGCGCAGUGGCGGGUAUGCGAAGACGCGGCGGCGGCCAGGGCGGAGCUGGACAAGGUCCUCGACAGCAGCUCGACCGGGAACCCGUACCGGUUCACCGACGAGGACCCGACGUACACGCUGGUCAGGGCGGUGAUGCUCGCGACCAACAUCAUCCACGAGCAGUUCCGGGCGACAGCGGACCGGGAGUUCAAGGCGCGGCUGCUCGACGAGGCCAAGGGGCUGACGAGGCGCGGGCUCGCGCACUCGGUGUCGUCGACGCGGUCGGGGCUGACGCCGUACAUGGUGUGGAUCGCGAGGAUGGUGCGCAAGAUGGGGCCGGCCAAGGAGUUUGAGGACGCGCUGCGGGCGGCAUUCAACGUGUGCUACGACGCGCUGACGGACAACGUGGGCUGGAACGACUCGAUGAACCUCGACUACCUGGCCAUGACCAUCUCCAGCCUCGACGGCAUGGAGAGGGAGGCGCGGAUCCUCGUCUCGGCGGGGUUCUAUGAGCUGACCAAGGAGGAGGGAAACGACGAAGACGACGAAGACGAAGACGACGACGACGAUAAGCACAUAGACGAUGGCUGCAAGCAUGACACCGGCGGCGACAAUACGCAGGAUAAAGAUGAUGACUUCGACUUGGACGACAAUUCCUACUACUGCGAUGGCGAAUGCAAGCCGGUCAAAAAAUGGGCUUUGUGGAAAGACGGCCCAAUGUACUUGUGCCUCGACUGCUUCGACUGCGACCUCUGCGAGGCGUGUUACGUGAAGCGGCAGGCCUACAACUCCGGGACCAAGUGCGAGGUCGGAAGCACGUAUUGUGGACCGAACCACAGGUACGCCAAGGGCCCGCUGGAAGGUUGGAGGGGGAUCAAGGACGGGGUCAUGAGGAUCGAUGGCGAGGAGCCGAUCAGGUUCACGGACUGGCUGAAGGAUCUGAAGGAGAAGAAGUGGGAAGCGGCCUGGGAGACGUUUUGGCGGGCUGAAUGUUGAGCCGGGCGACUCUCCUUCGCAAGCAUAGUUCAUUGGCGGCCCUGGUUAUACAAUCCCGUAGUUUAGAUGCUUUGAACAGCACCAGAGAAUUUGGAGCAUUAAACGGCAAAGUAAAUUGGUGCCUCCAACAUUGCUUCUCAUCCCGUUGCUAGAACCCCGGUCCGACCCCACAGUCCACCAUUGCCAUUGCGCAGAGACAUUAGCCAGAAGCAUUCACGUCAAAUACACAGCCUACAGGGUCUUGCCCUCGGCAAGGAGUCCAACAAACUCCCUAAUCCGCCUCUCCCUCGUCUCGGCCCUCCUCGCGGUCUCGACCCGCCAGAUAAACGGAUACCUCUUGGACCUACCCAGCGUCCCGAAGAACGCCUCGGCGGCCGCAUUCCCCCGCAGCGCCUCGGCGAAGUCCGGGGGCGCCUCGGCCGCGCUCGCCGGCGCGUACGCCCUCGCCCACCGGCC